GAUAUCCUGGUUUGAUGAUGCUAAAAUUCGGCAUCACCUUGGUGGCUGUCCUCCUGAUUGCUAUAAUAGCAAUGAGACUUUGCUCUUUCCUGAUUUCCAACAGAAAGUUGUGCCAUGUUCCCCGGAGGAAGGAACUGCAUUCAUUACUGCUACAGAUGAGCUUUUAGAAAGGUUCCAAGAGGCAAUUAGAAUACAAACCAUAUCCUACAGUGUUCAUGAAACCAACACAACUGCUCUGGAGAAAAUGCUUGAACACAUUGUCAAAAGCUAUCCCACAAUACACUCAUCGCCCUUGGUAACAUUAGAGAGAUUCAACUUUAGCAGUUUGUACAUCAUCAAAGGAUCAGACCAAUCUCUCAGACCUGUCCUGCUGACAGGUCACAUUGAUGUUGUGCCUGCUGUGUUUGAAAAGUGGUCUUUUCAUCCAUUUUCUGGAACAGUCGAUGAUGGAUUGAUCUAUGGAAGAGGCACCAUAGAUAACAAGAAUUCUGUCUUUGGAAUAUUGGAAGCAUUGGAGCACCUUCUAAGUACUGGUAAGCAACCAAAAAGAGACCUCUACAUAGCCUUUGGACAUGAUGAAGAAGUGAUGGGACUGUAUGGAGCUAAAGUUAUAGCUGCUGAAUUGAAGAAAAGGGGUGUUCGAUUUGCAUUUAUGAUGGAUGAAGGAUGCCCAGUGCUGAAAAAUGGUUUCUUUCCUGGAGUCAGUGGCCCAGUGGGUUUAAUUUGUAUCGCUGAAAAAGGGUUUGCCACAAUACAAUUAUCGCUAGAGCAUCCUGGAGGACAUGCCUCAUCCCCUCCUCCAAAUGGGGGAGCAAUAACAAUGCUCAGUAAUGCAAUUGUUGCACUGCACAACAACCCCAUGCCCAAUCUAUUUGGUCGAGGCAUUGAAGUGCCAAUGUUUGAGCAUGCAGCUGUAUCACAGUCGCCAUUCUUCAGGAUGCUGAGUAGUAACUUGUGGUUCUUUUCUCCCCUUCUAUCUUUUGCUAUGUCGUUAAAGGAUAGUACCAGAGCACAGAUAACUACUACUUUUGCUUUCACCAAAAUCAGCGGUGGAGUGAAAGAUAAUGUUCUUCCUAACUCAGUCAGUGUCACGUUGAAUACAAGACUUCUUCCAGGUCACACUUUGGAUGAUGUACUUGCCCACAUUAAAAAGGUUGUUAAUGAUCCCCAAAUAAAGGUUGAUGUCAUUUACUCAAACGAGGCAUCUGAAAUAUCUUCUACUGAAAGCGAAGGUUACAAUGUUAUACAUCACACUGUUAAACAGAUUCAUCCAGAUGCAGUUGUUAUCCCAGGUUUGCUGAUUGGAGGAACUGACACCAAAUGGUACGGGGAGCUUUGUGAUGAUGUUUAUAGAUUUGUCCCCUCUUUUUUGGGAACUGAGGACUUGAAACGUUUUCAUGGACAUGAUGAAUUGAUCACAGUCAAGAACUUUGAGCAAACUGUUAAUUUCUUCCACCAUCUUCUUACAAAUUUUGAUAAGUCAUUUGAAGUAGAACUUCAUGAUGAGCUUUAGAGCUACAAAUUAUGGGUGAUGAAUUAAAGCAUUAGAUAAUAUGCAUUACACUGGGCUAAUACCAUCUAAUUGAAAGUUUUAAAAACCUUUUGCAGUAAAACAGAUCUGCUUGAAUAAUGAUAGAAACGAUUUUUAUGAUUUUCAGAUUGAUUUUGUGUUAUUCUAUUCUAUUUUUAUGUUUUUUGUAAAA